AUGGACAAACAGAUAACUUUUGUGAUCGCAGCGGUCAAGGAACUCCCUAUCCGGGCGCUCAUAGCGACCCUCUGGAAGAGCCCUGCCAGGCGUGCUGCUGUAGCGGCGACGCUGGUCGCGACAUAUCUCGCUGCAUGUGCCUCGCUGCGUUUUCGGAGACUGCGAAGCAUCCAUAAAGCAUAUCCUCAGUAUGCGACCCGCGAGGGCAUGGCCCGAAUGACGGCGCACGAUGCGUGGGCUAUACAGAAACGCAUCCUGCAACUGGAGUUUCCUUCUGUCUCGCUGAAGGCGCUGCAGUUUGCGCUCUUCCGCACAUAUGGCAUCCCGACAAUCUCGUCCCUGCUCCUUCGCACUUCCCAGUUCUCCAACCCCGCGACGUCUUUCAAGCGCUAUGCCGACACAGGCGCUCUCAUCGGGCAGUUCAUGUCUUUCGAUCCUUCUUCCGAGCGAGCGAUCACGUCCAUCGCCCGAACAAAGUUCCUGCAUACAGGCUAUCGCGCGAGCGGAAAGAUCCUCGAAGCAGACAUGCUCUACACUCUGAGUCUCUUCGCCAUCGAGCCCAUCCGGUUUGUCCAGAUGUUCGAAUGGCGAUCCAUGAGCGACCUGGAAAGAUGCGCCAUCGGCACGUACUGGAAGCGACUAGGCGACGGCCUGGGCAUCAGCUUCGACGACCUCCCAUCGGGCAAGACGGGCUUCCGCGACGGGCUGCAUUUCCUCCAAGAACUCACCGAGUGGAGCCACAAGUACGAGGAAGAGCACAUGAAGCCCAGCGCGGCAAACAAGGAGGUCGCGGACAAGACUAUGGACGUGCUUGUGUAUGCGCUACCGAAACCCCUCAAGCCCGUUGGCGUCAAGUUCGCGUCCUGCGUGAUGGACGAGAGGCUAAGGACCGCCAUGAUGUACGAUGAGCCGCCACGCUCGUACCGCGUCAUAUUUUCCGCCCUGCUCCAGGCACGCAGAUUCUGCCUACGCCACUUGUCUCUCCCCCGGCCGUACUUUCUCCGGCAGGACGUCUUCAUGGACGAGCCCAACGAACACGGCCGCUACUAUAUCCGUCUGUGGGAGGGUCUGCCGUAUUAUGUCAAGCCGACGUUCUGGAACCGGUGGGGUCCGGCGGCGUGGUUUAGCCGUUUGGUCGGCCUGCCUGUGCCGGGAGACGAUGGCGACAAGUAUUACCCACACGGAUAUGACACGCAGGACCUGGGUCCGAAAUAUUUUGAGGGCAAGGGGAGAAAGACUAUGCAGGAGAUCAAGGACGAGCUGGCGCGGGUGAUGAAAGAGCGGCCCUUUGUGGACUAA